CAGACUGGUGAGGAAGAUCAUCAGGAGCAAGUCGUGUUUUUCACAUCUUCAGCGGAACAUUCUCACAUCUUUUUUUCAUCUUUUUAAAUUUUUUUUUAUCACGGAUUCAGAGGUCGAACAGUUUGAAAGAAGACCAAGAAGACCAAGACCAGCUCGAACGGGGCGCACGUGAGUGCUACCCGACUAGCUAACAGCGCACCGAGUCCCAGUUGAAGUCCUCAUCUCCAACACAACAUGAUGUUCUUUGGGACUCUGUUUGUUCUUUUCUCCUCCGGUGUAUUGCCUUUCCCAGUUCCCAACAUCACUUUCGCUGCCUUUGCAACUAACUGCGUUGAAGCUCAUGUGGAGUGUUCCAUGGACCCCCAAUGCAAAGACUUGUACCAGGGCUUGGAGCUGUGUACCGCCGAUACGUCUGUGGCACCAAUGGGGGAGCAGGCAGUGACUGAGUGCCUUCAACAACAGGAUGCUCUGCUGGCCAAGCAGCCUUCUUUGUCAGCUUGCAAGUGUCAUCGUGGCUUCCGCAAGGAGGAGCAGUGCUUGCAGAUAUAUUGGAGAGUACAUCUGCUGCAAGUGGAGGAUGACAUGGAAAUAUCUCCGUAUGACAACACACAAAUGGAUACUCGUAUGGCCUCCUUAGUGGCAGCCUCAACAUUGUUGCAAGUAGACGUGGAAAACCAAUGCUUGAAAGCAGCUCAGGACUGCGGCCUGUAUGAGAAGUGUGGUGCUUUGCGAUCCGAGUACGUUCUCGCCUGCACCAAGAAGGUACCAGGAAGCGAUCGAUGUAACCAGCACAAGUGUCACCGGGCGCUGCGGCGAUUCUUGGAGAGAGUACCAGAGGAGUACAGCUUUGGUGUCCUGUUCUGCCCGUGCACUAACACUCUGUGUGGCGAAAGGAGGAGGAAAACCAUCGUACCUUCUUGCGCCUACGAGGAGAUGGACGACUUGCAACCCAACUGUCUCCAUCUACAAAGCUUUUGCCGCAAGGAUGCUCUUUGCAGGUCAAGAUUAGCCGAUUUCCUUCAGAACUGCCAGCCAUCAACAACAAGCAACGGUUGUCUCAGGGACUCAGCAGGUCUCUGCCUUCGAGCCUAUGCAGGACUCAUCGGUACCAUCAUGACUCCAAACUACAUCGGGAACGACUCUGCAGAUGUUUCACUGUCUUGCAACUGCAAAGGCAGCGGCAACCAGUGGCAGGAAUGUCUGAGAUUGCAACGCAUGUUCACGCACAACACCUGCCUGCGUAAUUCCAUCAAUUGGAUGGGGAACCCUGGCUCUCUGCCUGGAGAUGUAACGCCCCCUCCUGCUCCUAGACCCUCCCCGCUGGUUCAGGAAGAUGUCAUGCUGAGCAAAAACCACGUACCCUCUGACCACCACAUUGUGGUGUACAACGAGGACAAAUCCAAACAAAGAAAGGAGCAAGAUGAAGGAGGUCAAUUCGAUGUCAUCCCGCAGUACUUGGAGAGGGCCACCGUCACCCACCUGGGACCCUCUGUCGCUGGGGUGGCUGUCCCCGUUGUUGUUUCCUUGCAACUUUUCCUUCUGCUUGUUUGUGCUGCACUGACUUGGCAAUAGAGCAAAAGAUUGACGACAUGUUGAGAGGACAGAGGUCUACACUGAUAUUCAUAAGCCGGACAGGUGAAAAUGCUGGAUUGAUGCGUGUAAAGUGUACAGAAACCCUUCACUCCAGGUGUGGAGCAUCACAUUGUCUUGUAUUUUUACCCCCCCCGUGUUUAUUCUCAAGCAGCAUGAUCCAUUCAUUCCGCACAAAACCGUCCCGACUGCCCUAUUGUGCUCUCUGCUUGAUAAAUAUGUACACACUAUAAGGAACACUGAAAGCUUUUAAGAAACAUUGUCAAGUGUUAGCGCGACAUCUGUCAUUGUUGGGGAAAACAAUGCUAUUUAUAUAAUAGUUACCGUACAGAAAUGUGGCGGUAAAAAUCAAUAUACAAAAAUAUAUAUUAAUCAAUCAAUCAUUGCUGUUUUGUGCUUGAAAAUCAAAACAUAUGCAUAUUUAAACAAUUUUUUUCGAUAAAUUAAACAUUUGAAGUAUAUGUAGGGGUGUUAUUUCAUGUCCAGAGGGCUCUAAUAAUGUUAAAAGCUAUUUAGAAGGUUUCUAUGCUCUAUGAAAAGAUUUUAUUUACAAAUAAAGAAUCCUACUUUGUGGAAAUUCACUUAUAAUGUUUGGGUCUG